GGUUUCACUUUAACUUUGAACCUUUAAAGAAAAGCAACUGAGAGAGACCUGAUGAGCUUUUUGCAGACAAUAUAGUAUCUACAAUGAAGCGGGACGUUUCUGAUGUACCACAACAAGAUACGUAUCAAGAUCCCCUGAGGAUCAUGCUCCUUGGAAAGAGCGGUGCAGGCAAGAGCUCGAGUGGAAACACCAUCCUUAAGAGGACGGCUUUCACAUCUGACAUGAGGCUGAAGAGAGUCACAGCCCACUGUGAGAAGGAGGUUGGGCUGGUUGAAGACAGGCAGGUCGCCAUUAUCGACACACCAGGGCUUUUUGAGAAAGAUGGAAACAAAGACGAAAUCAUGCGGGAGAUUCUCAUGCGGAUAAAGCUCCAAGAACCAGGCCCCCACAUAUUUGUGUUAGUGGUCCCCCUGGGAAGAAUGACACAGGAGGACCAUGACACCAACACUCUGAUCGAAGCAAUGUUUGGCCCCAGAGUAUGGGACUACACUAUCGUGUUGUUCACUCAUGGGGAUCGCCUGGAUAAAAAAACGAUCAAUGACGUCAUCAGCGAAAGCGAUGAUAACCUCUGCAACUUCAUACGCAAGUGCAGCGGAGGCUUUCAUGUCUUUAACAACAAAACCCCAGAAGAUCAGACCCAGGUGACACCACUCAUGAAGAAGAUUCAGACCCUGAUAGCCCUAAACGGAGGCGGCUACUACAAAACAGAGCUUUAUCCCAGGAAGGAGAGAAAAAUCAGGGAAAGACAGGAGAGCAUCCUGGCUGAGGAAGCUGCCAGCAUUCUCAAAAAGGAGGAGAACCUCAAAACCAAAUUUGAGGGGGAGGAGCUAAACAUGAAGAUGAAGGUGCUGUGGAUGAAAGAGGAGGAGCGUGCAAGAAAAAAAGCUGAGAAUCAGAUUAGAAACAGGAAGGUUCUAAACUGCUUCUUGUUGGUAACGUUAAUAAGUCUGCUUCUAGGCUUGACUUUCAGUGGUCUGAAAAUAUACCUGUUGACAGGGGCCGUCAUCUGGAUUGGGCUCUUCAUGUUGCCAUAUUUAAUUUCUUCUGUAGGAAAGCCAUUCUUUUUAAAGAACAAGUGAAACUAAAAUGUACGGCUAAAGAGUUUGGCAAAGUUUUAUUUUUUCUUUUUUUUUGUAUGUGUUUCAAAUUUCAACAAAAUUGUAAUUUACAAAAUAUCAGUUGAGAAAAUUAAUUUGACUUUUUUCCUUGUAAAUCCAUUAUCCUUGCAACAAAAAGACCAUUUUACCGUUAUUUAAAGCAUAAGUAAGAUAUAAAUCAUUGUAAAUUUAUUUUCUUAGUUCCUUAGUAAUGUAUGAGACAAGAAGAUUGUGAUGCAAAAUCUUAUAUAAAAAUUCUUCAUUUUUUAUGUUAAACAUACAAAUUUUUUAACCAUACAUUUUUUGUCAAACAUACACAUACUUGAAAUUAAUUAAUCAAACAUUAAACAAUUGAACAAAUUUGCUGUAUUUAAAAGUUCCAUCACAUAAAUCUGCAAGGCUGCUAAGCUAAACAGCAAUAUGAAACACUAGCUAGCUUAAGCGCAAUAUUCUGCAGAAAUAAAACCAUUUCUUCUUUAUUUUCUAAGCAUUGGUUAUUUCUCCUGUGUUUUUUAAUCAAUUAUUCAAGUGCACAGCCAUCAGCCUUUUAUCACAAAAAUGGACGCAAACCCUGCUCCAAACAUAAAAUAUAUAAACAACUAAAGGUGCAAAACUAAUUUAGUUUCAAAUGUGACACAUACUUUUUUUUCAUUGACACAUGGUAUGUCAAAAUCUUUAAAAAAAAAUUAUAUUUGUAACAGUUCAAAUAAAGCCAAAUAAGAAUUUGGUGGAUUUUUUAACAUCAAUAAAAGCGGAAUGUGGGGUACA